GAACUACACUCUCUGUUACACUCACAGACCCCGUGACCUCCAAAACGCAUCAGAAAUCGCGAACCACAGCACAAAGCUCUGCAUCUUUCUUCAUCCCCAUCAAGAGAAACAACCAAUAGGGGGGCCGGGGGAGAAUGGAGGGCGCGGGGCAGCUUGUGUCCGUUGUGGGGCAGCUGGUGGGCGGGGAGUACCGGCAGCUCCGCGGCGUCGGCGCCCAGGUGACUGAGCUCAGCGACGAGCUGGCUACCAUGAACGCCAUCCUCCGCAUGCACUCCGAUGCUGAGGAGGGCGCCGCUGACCCCUUCAUCCGGGAGUGGGUGAGGCAGGUCAGCGAGCUCGCCUACGACGCGGAGGACUGCGUUCACCUCUACAUCUUCCGCAUCCGGUGCAGGCCGAGAGACCGUUUUGUCGUCUGGUCAAAACGCCUCCUGGCGACGCUUUUCCCUCGCCGUCGACUAGCUCGCGAGAUCCGGGCGCUCCACGCUCGUGCUGUUGCUAUCAGCGAGCGCCAUGCGCGUUACGCCUUCAGCCGACCAACUCCUUCAUCAGCCCAUGUUCGGCCGGUAGCGACGUCCGCGCAUGCCCUCCGUCCUGCCAACGAUCCUCACCACUUCGUCGGCAUCAAGGAGCAGGCUGAAACCCUCGCCAAGAAGCUCAAGGUGGUGAGUGACAACGAAUUUGUCACGGAGCAGCUCCAGGUGUUCUCUAUCGUGGGAUUUGGAGGGCUGGGGAAGACUACGCUGGCCAUGGAGAUGUGCCGGCAGCUGGAGGCGGAUUUUCAGCGCCAAGCGCAAGUCUCUGUGUCCCAGACGUUCGACGGUGGUAAAGAUCUGAAGGGAUUGCUAAUACGCGUGCUUCGUCAGAUCGUCAAGCCCAAGAUAGGUACUGAGGAAGACAUCAAGGCCAAGGUUGAAGACCCCUUGGAUAAUAUUGAAAACAUGGACCUACAUGGUCUAGCCGAGAAGCUGAAGGUGCUUCUCAAGGACACGAGGUACCUCAUUGUGAUCGAUGAUGUAUGGACCAUAGCUGCUUGGGAAUCAAUUCAAUCCCAAUUGCCAAAAAACAAAUGUGGCAGCAGAAUAAUUGUGACCACGCGGAUAGAAACUGUUGGUAAAGCAUGCAGUCGUGCCAGUGUGCACAGCAACUACAUUUAUCACAUCCAGCCCCUCGAAUCAACGGACUCAAAGAAGCUAUUUCUUAGUAGAGCAUUUGGAUCCAUGAAUUACUCUUGCCCAGCGAAUCUAGAAGUGUCAAUGGAUAUAAUUUUGAAGAAAUGUGGUGGGCUUCCAUUGGCGAUUGUUAGCAUUGCGAGCCUCCUCGCCAACUAUGACUCGCCUGAGAAGUGGGGGACAGUUUGCAAUUCAAUUGGUUCCAUGAUAGACAACAACCCCACACUAGAAGGUAUGAGGCAGAUAAUCACACUCAGCUACAACCAUCUGCCACAUUACCUGAAAGAUUGCAUGAUGUAUCUUGGCAUUUUUCCCGAGGACUAUGUGUUCAGCAAGACUCGGCUCCUGCGGAGAUGGAUAGCCGAAGGUCUGGUCAUUGGGAGGCGGGGACAAACCAUGAUGGAGGUUGCAGAGGACUACUUUGAUGAGUUGGUGAGUAGAAACAUGAUUGAUAUGGUAGCUUAUGUAAUCAGCUUCUAUGAUAGGGUGGAGACAUGUCGGAUUCACGACAUGAUGCUUGAGGUCGCUGUGUCCAAAUCCCUGGAAGCCAACUUUGUUAGCCUGGUAGGUGGACAGUAUCAAGCAAUGUCGUAUGAUAAAAUUCGUCGUCUCUCUGUCCAUGCUGGAGAAGGAGGAACCACCAAGGUCGGUGAUUCUCUGUCCAAGGGAAAAGCAGUGGGGCGCAGUAGGUGGAAUGGCGUCGAGGAAAUGAAUGUUCAGCAUGUCCGUUCCCUGAGUAUAUUUGAGCUCGAGGGGCACAAGUUGCUUGAUCGACUGGGUGAGUUCACCCUGUUGAGGGUACUUGACAUGGAAGACUGCAAGGGCUUAGCUAACAAGCAUAUGAAGGAUAUUUGUCGGAUGUACCUUCUGAAGUUCUUGAGCUUGAAGGGUACAGAUAUCAGCUUCAUGCCUUCUGAAGUCGGCAACCUAGAACAUUUGCUGACACUUGACUUAGAGCAGACGCGCCUUGAUGAUUUACCAGGUACUGUAAAAAAUCUGGAGAAACUUGAGUGCCUCAGGUUCGACAAAAAGGGCGCGUGGGGGGUCAUGUGGAGGCCACCCAGAGGAGUCUCAAACAUGAAGGCAUUGCGCGAGGUGGAUAGAGUACUAGUCGAAGAUGUUGAGAUUGCUAAAGAGUUCGGUGAACUAGAGCAGCUGCAACGUAUCUUUGUAUACGUUGCUGACAAUCCUCAGCAAGAGGAUGUUCGUCAACAGCUUGCCCUCUCCCUGUCCAGGAUGUACUCCCUCCGGUGGCUCAACUUGGGAGAUGCGAAGGACGACGGUAUGACAAUGGAUUAUCUCAUUGGUCUUGAUUCGCCACCACCCCUCCUUCGACACCUUAGGUUCGCUGGAGGAUUUACUAAAUUACCAGAAUGGGUCGGGUCACUGACAUAUCUUGUUGAGUUUACCCUUGCGUGGGCACAGCUUAAGGAUGGGCAACUAUUGGAUGUCCUGUGUAAGCUGCCUAACCUCAAGAGCAUCAUGUUCCAACAUUUUUUCUACCUUGGGACAGCACUUGUUGUGUGCACGAAGCACAAAUUUCCGGCAUUGAAGGACCUGGAAGUUGGCACCCCUAUGCAAUAUCCUGAAGUUGUCCAGUUCGAGGAAGGAUCCAUGAUAAAUCUACAGAAACUUACAGUGAAUUUCAAUAAGUGGGAAUGCAAAAGGAUAGUCGGUGUCAAGCACCUGAAGAACCUUACAGAGGUGAAACUCACUGGUAACAGAUAUAACUCUGCACUGGGCCGUGCUCUGAAGGAGCUAGAGGAGGAGAGCAAUAGUCGCUCCGAGCCUACCCGAUUCACAGUUACAGUAACAUACGAUUGAUCCCUCUGCUUUGCCGCUCGAUCCUAUUAUCUGUUCAGGUACUUUACUAGAAUGGACUGGAGUUAUGUUAUUACUGCUGGAAGUGGAGGUUUGUUCAAACUGUUUGUCAAGUUAUUGUGGCGCAUCAUAUAUGCCUGCUAGCCAAUUAUUCCCGUGUGGUUGUGGUUGUGGCUGUGGUUUGGUUUUGUGAGUCAGUGCAAUUCAGACUUUGUAUUUUGUUAAAACACUAGCUCCUCUGUUAAGUUUGGAGUCCCCGGCGUGUGCGUUUCAAAAUAUGUAUUUUGUUAAAGCAUUGUGAUGUAAUAAAGGUGGACCAGCUGUUCAUUUAUUAGCAACGAAUUUAUGAA